CGGCCUCUGUGGCAGUGGUGGACACGUCGAGCCGGACAGAAGUGACUGGGGGCUUCUGAGAAGUCCUGAGAAGGUGACGGAUUCAGGUUCUGAGAGGGAGGAGUCUGUGACUGCACUGGUCCUCGGAAGGCUCUUCAGUGCUCUCAACUUUCGUGGAAAAAAUGGAUCAUUCCCACCAUAAGGGGAAAAACUAUAUGGACAACAGCAGCAGCACUAUGCCACCGUCUCACCAUCACCCAACGACUUCAGCCUCACACUCUCAUGGUGGAGGAGAUGGCAGCAUGACGAUGAUGCCUAUGACCUUCUACUUUGGCUUUAAGGAUGUGGAGCUAUUGUUUUCCGGUUUGGUGAUCAAUACAGCUGGAGAAAUGGCAGGAGCUUUUGUGGCAGUGUUUUUACUAGCAAUGUUCUAUGAAGGCCUCAAGAUUGCCCGAGAAGGUCUCCUGCGUAAGUCACAAGUCAGCAUUCGCUACAAUUCCAUGCCUGUCCCAGGACCAAAUGGAACCAUCCUCAUGGAGACACACAAAACUGUUGGGCAGCAGAUGCUGAGUUUUCCUCACCUUCUGCAGACAGUGCUGCAUAUCAUCCAGGUGGUCAUCAGCUACUUUCUCAUGCUAAUCUUCAUGACCUACAACGGGUACCUCUGCAUCGCAGUAGCAGCGGGGGCUGGAACAGGAUACUUCCUCUUCAGCUGGAAGAAGGCAGUGGUAGUGGACAUCACAGAGCAUUGCCAUUAACAUCAGAGUCCGUGGUGUGGCCUUAUUGAUUACAGUGGGAAGCAGUUCAAGACUGGAAGACACAAUUCCUGCUCCAGUCAUCCCUUCUUGUUCCUGUCUCUUCGCACCCACACAUACACACCUGCUGAAUAGACGUUUAGUUUACAGUUUCUUCUCCAAGGAAAAUUGUCUUUUCUAAGCCGAGAUUCCCAUUACCCUUGAAGAGAAACUACCCCUUAGAUGUCUUCUCUAUCAUCCUAGAUUCUUGUUUAAUCCAGGUAGCUUUCUAGUCAAUGACUUGAUUGUCUGCUUCCUUUUUUUAAUCUUCUGGGGUUUCUGUUUUUAACAGACAAUAUGUGAAUUUAGUGGGUUUUUUUCUGGGUCAGUGACGGAAAGAGAUUAAUUUCAGUCAGUAUGGCUGGCAGCUGAAGGAUAUUCUUGCCCAACUAUCCCCCAGACUCAAACAUCACAUUAAAAAUUAAGCUCCAGUCUUUGAACUUCAAAAAAGGGAAAAUACAUUGUGCCUUUCUCUAGGUGUGAUGUGUUGUACCAAAAUCUUGGUAGUAUGCAAAAGCGUGAUUUUGAGACUAAAUAUAGGCCCAGAACUUGUAGAGUAUGUAUUCUUGAGUUGCUAACUCAUUAGCUUGUGUUCCCACUUAACAUUUUGAUUAGAAUGAGCUUGUCAGUCAAAAAAAAAAAAGAAUCAAUUUGAGAAAAUAGAAUAGACAUUUUAAAAUAAAACCAUUGCCAUUUUACUUUGACUUGCUACCUUUUUUUGUCCCAGCUGCACAAAGCAAGAGUUUGAUUUUUAUUCCUCAUUUUUAUUUUCAUGUGUCUGCCUCCAAACCAGUGAUUUUCAGACUUUCGCCUACAUCAGAAUCAUCUGGAGAAUUUGUUAAAACACUAGUUACCGGGCCUCAACCCUAGAGCCCUAAAUCUGGCAUUUCUAAGUUCCCAGGUGAUGUUCUGCUGACAAACUAGAACACCACAUUUUGAGAAUGUCUGCUUUAAACUAAGGAAGUACACCUGGGGGGCGUGGCGCACUACCUGGUAUUGGGCAUGAGAAUUUGAAUUGCUGGUUGGUAGGUGGUAUGUCUGGGCAUACCUCAUGUAGUACAUGUUGCUGGUCAAUACUUAAUCAUUCCACAAACAUUUAUUCAGCUCCAGCUGUGUGUAUGUACUCACACACAUGUAUGAAGGACUAUAACUAAAGUACUUUCAACAGCACGUAUGAAGUCAGUAGUCCUUUUUUAAAAAGAUCUGUGAUUCCUUGAAAACAGUGUGAAGGCUGAGAGAGACCUUUGCUUUGCAGUAAAAAUGAGCCAGUCUUGGGGCCAGAUGGGCAAAAGUCCACCUUUCUUUAGAGAGGCAUAGAAGUGUGGUCUGCUGAUGCCCAGAUUUUCCUUAGCCCCCAACAUCCUUGUCCAUACUAGGUACAUCCUCAUACACAACAUGACCACCUUUGUUAUUACCCUUGGGGGCUUUAUUAGAUCACACGUGGCCAAAACCUCUUUUCUCAAUGAAGAAUCACAUUGGAUUUUUAUUCUGUUCAGUUGUUAGUCUAUGCCGUAGUCUUGUUUCUAAACUACCUCUUUAAAGUGAUUCUUCUUGUGCUGGUCUGUUCUUUCCUGCCCUCCUUGGUGCUAGAUCCAAUUGUGCCUCAGGGCAGAGGAGAUAAAACACAGUUAUCCUGUUGUCCUGUGUUGUGGUUUUGAAAUUUGUACUUUCUCUGUGGGUACUGGUUAAAUAUUGGAGAGCAAAAAAUGUGUACUUCUACAUCUGUGAACCAAGAGAGAGUUUGAGCCUACUGGGUUGAGAUUAAAAUGCAAGAAUCAACGUUUAGACCUUUGUACUUUUCUCACAUUUCAUCCCCUCAUAAUGUUGAUACUUAGCAUGAGCAAAGUGAAUGACAGGUACUUGACAGCCAACAUUAAGAUAUAAACAGCCUAUUGUAUAAACAGCUUCUAUCCCUUACAAGCCAAGGAAUAAUAAUACCUUGAGGUGUACAUAAGAAUCAAUGCUUAAUGGUGACUCUGGUGCUCUCUAGAAAUCUAGGCAUGAGCUGCUAUAAAAUACCUUCCAGGAACAGGACAUUAUCAGUGGGGUGAGAAAAUCAAGGCCAGUUAAGAUAAAGUGCUAUGAAUUUGCAACUCCCAGAGAGGAACCUCAGUUUUGGACAAGUCUUCAGGUGUUUAGGGUAGAGAGAAUCUGAAAAACAUGAAUUUUAAUAGAUCCUUGACAAAGCUAGUGAAGGAGAAAAAAGUUAAAGUUUAAAUUCCGUCUUUUUUGAGCUCAUGAAUUUUGAUGACACAGUGAUCUCAUUGACUUUCAUUUCUGUAUCUGUGUUCACUUAGAAUUUAAUGCCUCUGACUUUUUUGGAUCUAAACUUCUGUUUUUUCCUUUCCUUUUCCCAUCUGUUAGAAGACUAUGUCUCCAUUUCUUUGGCAUCUUACUUUGCUGACCUUCUCUCUAUCUUUCAGUCCUUUAUCCUGUGGGCAUUGCUAUGCCGUGGAUAUAACUACCAACCAGAAAUUGGUAUUUAUAAACAUGGUAGAGACCUUAAGUAUGUGUCUGGAAGCAAUUGUCCCACUGCAAUUUCUAUAAAGCUUGGUAAAAGGCUACCUAGUACCCACACCAGCAUUAUAAAAUCCGAGGUGCUGUCUCUAGUCUAUGAUGAAGGAACACUCAACACCCCCACUGGCCACAAAUGAAAUCCUGUGUCCACCGCAGGAUUAAAAAUUAAAGUUUCUUCAGUACUUCUAAGAUAGGAUUGUCAAAACUUCCUUUUCAGGCUGUGAGUACUGGGAUUGGGUUCCAGUCACAAGGGGUUCCUUAUAAGGAGCUGGGGGCGUGAUGCAGGAGGGAAAUACUCCCAUCCUUUAAUUUUGAUCCUGCCGCUUCCAGCUGCUUCUUCAAAAGAAACAUCUAAAGAUACAAAGUCUUUAUUUGAAAAAAUGCCUUAAUCACUGGGUCUACAAUUCAUGUUGACUGUUUUAGAUUGUAAGCUCCUGAGAGCAGUAUUGCUGUAGUUGGAAUGUUUUAACAGUGUCAUGUGCAAAGGAACAAAAUAAAUAUUUUGAUUUUGUGAUUCUA